AAUUUGCUGUGACCCUUGGUAAAUGUUACUUCUAUAAAUGACCUUCUCAUGCCAGAGUGUAUAUUCAUGCACUAGAAAGUUACAUAACUGCUCGUAACAGAUAAUGCUAAACGUAUUCACAACAGGCAGCUUUAAUUGAAUUUUGGUGGCUGGAAUGGAGGUGUAUCUGGGAGGUUGAUAGAUUCAUUGCUUACACAUGAGAACGUCAACAUUCCAAUCACACAAUGCUCAUUCAUAAGGCAGACGUGUGUAAUGAAUAGCUGCACAGAAAAAGAAUAUUAGUUCAACUGUGAGUUUAAAAUCAGAAUAUCAGCAGCUUACUAGAAUGAAGCUUAAGAUGUGUAUAUAUUGACCUGUUUGUUUUAGCUAUAGCUAGCUCCAUUAUGGAUUCCAAACUGGCUUGGUACAGUGUUGGUGCUAGCUCCACACAGUUGGAUGCAGGAGCCAGCUCUUACUCACUUCUCCACUCUAUCUAUGGAUCCCAAGUUUCACAACUACCUUUCUCUGACUUUGACAGUGAAGCAAGCCUCAUUGCAACUCGGAGUGAACAGCAUGUAAACUCUCGCAUCUCUCCAACUCCACGAAGACGCCUGACGAGACCGAAAUCUUCCCCAGCAAGUGUUAUAGCUGCUAGAGAGCAGCUUAAAAGCAAGCCUACUCAACAGGCACGACCUGGUAGUGCACUGAACAGACAACCAAGGCCUGGCAGUGCCGCACGAAGAAUUGUGCGUGGUCGUCCGGCCAGUGCAGCGGUUGGAAGACCUUCAAGUGCGGCCAGUGCUAUGAGAGGAGGGUCUAGUCCAAGCAGGAGAAGACCAAAGACGGCUAUGGGAUUUCACCGUCCUUCCAGUAUGAGUGGUUCCUCCACCUUGCUUCUGGACCUUGAGGAAGAAGAGGGGGAAGACGCUGUUGCCCCUAUAAUUAGAGACAGUCAACCAGUUCGAUUAACGAGCACUCCCGAGUACUUUGACUUCUGGCAGGGGAAGCCAUUACGAGAAAGGGAUUUUGGGGUGAAGAUGCACAAGAGAAAAUCAUGGCAACGUCCGAAGAGUGAUUACGGAACUCGCUCUUUGAACCGGAACAGUAAGAACAAAGAGAAUGGGAAUGGUGAGGGUGGUGAGGGUGAUGGAGUGGGCGGACUGGAGACACUGUUAGAGAGAGAUGGUGACAGCUCACUGAGCAGUAGAAGAGGAUCACGGGACGUUGGUCGAAUGGGAGAUAUGGACAAGAACAAGUCUGGCUUACAAGAUGAUUCAAGCAAACUAAGCAUCUCUGGCGAAGGGUUGGAUUCCAGACGUGGCUCUAAGGAUCUUGGUGGCAAGGACAAAAACAAAACGUCACUGAGGGAGCGUAGUACCAGUAGGACUGGAAUUAGGAGCAAGCAAGGCAGUGAUAAGGACUCCUCAGGUGGUGGCCAUGGAUUGGACUCAUCUGGCCGGUCAAAGUGGGCUGAUCAGAAUGGAGCAGCUACGGCUGAUGACGAUGACUAUUUCAAGAAUAGCACUGAUGGUUCAGAAACACUGCUGCCUGCAAUUUCAACUAGAUCAAAUACUAACCCUGAGAAUGUGGAAGCACUUAAUCGUAUUCAUAGCGUCAGGGAGAGGAGGGUUUUGAAACAGUUGCAGCCUACGGAGAGUGUCCCAUCCCUUGGUGGCAAACGCUGUCAUGCCGACAAUGAUUAUAAGCCUGGGAAAGCACUGGCAUCUGUGUCGUGGAUGGAUGGGGCAGCGUCUGGGUCUGGUAAUGUUACCAGAUUCGAACUACCAAUGGACAUGAAAACACUAGAAGUAAUGUCACCUGUGGAUUACCUAAACGUUCACUGCAUUGUCAGCAAACGGCGGAUGACCCGCUGCUCAAAGAUAUUUUCAAAAUUAGACAAAAAGAAGGAAUCAAAACUUAACAUAGAGGAUACAAAGCUUGGUCUGGUUCAAGCACAUCACAAUUGUGUGACUGACGAACAAGCCACCAGUGUUCUUGACCUCGUCCAACUAACCAGCGAUAAAUUGGUCAGCCUGAAACUUUUUGCUGCUCUUUGUUGCUUUGCUGAGAGGACACUCGACCUCUUCUUUCUACCUCUAGCAAGGAAGGACGUCAUUGAAGCAGUUGACUUCGAGGCUCUGGACUGGAAACUAAGGAACUGUACCAUUAGUGAUCCUUUGAGAGCACUAUUCUCACAACUCUGACCUUAAAUUAUAGUGGCCUGCAUAGCCAAUAAUUAUAAAUCAUCAUCAAUUAUCUUGUACACUGAAAAUAAUUAUGAAAACACAACCUAUGUAAGGACUUAUAAUGCAUGCUCCGCAAUUGUAUACUACAAUUCCCAAGUGGCUAAGCAACUGUAUCUAUGUAUAUACUAUAUUAUAGCUAAACUAUAUAUAGUGCAUGCUGUCAGAUAAAAGAAGCAACUAUAUUAAUUAUAAUCACAAAACCAUGCACUAACCAAAUUGUACGUAUUACUGCAGGCAUGCAAGCAUGUAUAAUUAUAUAUACUAUACUGGCUAACCUCGGUGGCCGAUUUUUUUCUAAUAGGCAGGAAGAGGAAAAUACAAAAUACGACCUCUUUUCGACCUAUAGCGUUGGCCGGGAACGAGGCUAGCUACUGGCCAUCAAGGAAAAAUAUUAAAUCAUGCAAGAUGCAUGGAUGGCUUCUUUUCAUAAGAGUGCAUUCUAUACAAAGUUCAGAGUUCAAAACAACUCAAUUUAAGGAUUUCCAUGUUUCAUGCAACACAGGAAAUAUGGCAACACAGGAAAUACGAAGAUAGAUCCUUCCUUUGACAUUUUACUUGAGUUCAUUUUAACUAUUAUAUAGCAUCCUGUGUAAGGAUUUCCUUACAAGUGACCACUGCACUGUAAAAUGACCUCUGAUUUUCGAACAUCCUUUCUAAUAAUCCCUGACCUGUAAAGUAUUAGCAAGUAUAUAUCUAUCAUGUCAUGGACUUACCCACAAGAUAAUGCAUGCAGGCUAUAUAAAAAGAGGUUUCUGCUUUAUAGUGCAUCAUAUACGAAGACAGCAAUAUUCAAAAUAAUUAUAUACAACUGAACAAGACAACUUUAAGUUCACUGAUUAAAAUGUCGGGCAUCAGCACGGUAAACCUUGUUAGGAAUGUACUGACCAGCCAGUACCUUACUCAUAAUGGAAGCUCUGUGGCAGUUCAUUACUCGAUGAAGCAUUCAAAUAACUUUCAUCUCUACGACGAUGGACCUCUUCGUAGACUGCAAGUGUUCAGCGACAGCAACAAGAAGAUAUCUUACGUUCCAACCGGAGGCUGUUCCCAAGGCCUGACCACAAACCCCAGUGGAUCCAUGGUUCAUGUAACCCCUAAUUCUAGUGUGGGUGUGAAACUGUUUGUGAAGGACAGCAGUGGAAACAGAUACUACCUGAGGGUCAACACAGCUCAGAGCAGCAACAUUGAGCUUGUCUGUCAGAGUCACGUGGACAAUGUUCAAUACAAUCCUUAUCUCAGGCAAGAAUUGGAGUUUGACUUGGUCACAGUUGACAUCAAUGAAUUGCAAUUGUAGACUCCUGUCAACAGCACACAUAUAUAUAUACGGAACUGCCGACAAUAUCAUU